GUAGUGGAUUCCAUAUGUAAAGCAAUUCCUGCAAAAAAAACCCAAAUUCCUUUCUUGAUUGCAGCUUACUUUAUCACGAAGCUUAGAACCCUCUCUCUCUAUUCAUAUAUAUAAAUUACUUAAGUUGCAUGGAGCAAAUUUCAUAUUCACAUAUUCAAUUUACCUGCUAAAUUUAGAAAGAGAGAAAGAAGUCAUUCUAUAGUAUAGCUGCAGCUAUGUCAGAUUCUGAGGAUGAAACAAUUCCAAGAGGGAAGCUAUUUGGAAGGCAAAGAUCAAUACAUGAUGUUCUUGGAGGAGGAAAAGUUGCAGAUGUGUUAUUAUGGAAAAAGAAAAAUGUAUCAGGUUCGCUUAGCAUUGGUAUGACUGUGAUAUGGUUUCUCUUUGAGGUGGUUGAGUACAAUUUUGUCACUCUUUUCUGUCACUUCUCCAUCACCGCAAUGCUCAUGGUCUUCAUAUGGUGCACUGGAGCUGACUUUUUCAAUUGGAAUUCCCCAAAGAUUCCCAAAAGUAUUUUAGAUGGACAAGCAUUCCAUGAAGUUGCUUCAGCCUUCCAUGAAAGAUUCAAUCAAGCCCUAUCAAAGCUUCUUGACAUUGCAUGCGGAAAAGAUCCACGACUCUUCAUUCUGACAGUUGUUUCUCUCUAUAUAUUAUCGGUGAUCGGAAGCUACUUCACUUUCUUGAAUUUUCUUUAUUUGGUUUUUGUUUGCUCGCAAACACUGCCAUUUCUGUACGAUCGAUACGAAGAAGAAGUUGAUGAAUAUGUUGGUAGAUUGUUUCGACAAGCCAAAAAAACGUAUAGGAGAUUUGAUUCGAGGGUCCUUAAAAUGAUACCAAGGGGAACGGUGAAGGAUAAAGUCACAUAAAUAACUGGUUCCUCCACAGCAGUGGCCAUAGCUGUGUGGUAGCUGUAUAUAUAUUAAAUCUUGAAUACUCAGCUUCGACUUCCCCUCCCCGCAUAUAUAAUAAAAAAUGAACUAGUUCUCCUAUUGAAAUGGAAGCAUAUGGCCACAUGUGUGUGUGUGUAUAUAUGUAUGAAAAGCUUUGUUCAUUCUAAUGAUCUUAAAUUUUAACA